GAGUUGGAUGAGGACAGUGAAUAUUCAGAGGAUGAUCGAGUUGCCCUGCCUAAAUCCAAGAGAAGCGACGACUAUCUGUUGGGUAAAGCAGGACGAAGUAUGUCACCCCAGCCUGUGAAGUUGAACGCCAAUCGCCAUGGAACACCAAAGGCAGGACAGAAUCGGACAGGAGACAAGGCCCACUCAGCAUCUCAUCAAAAGAAAAAGAAGAACUCAGAACACCAGACCGAAAAAUCUCAGAAGCCGCCUCCCAAAGCUCAAGAAGUUCAGGAGGACUUUUCAAAGGUCAAGGUUGCCAACCAAGUCCCCAUUCAGACUUUUUGGGCGUCCAUGGAGCCAUACUUCCGGCCAUUUACAGAGUCAGACCGUGUCGUUCUAGAGGAGGAGGGUGAUCAGGUCACACCUUUGCUGAUUCCACCACUCGGAAAGCAUUACUUGGAUGUAUGGGCGGAGGAGGACCGGGCGCUCAUGCCUUACGAUGGAUACGAGUCGAGGCGGAGCUCGGUGGAUCUGGUCAAGGACUCGACACCCUCACGGAAUACCGUCUACAACCAGCCAUUCGAACUGACGGAUGAAAACAUUGAUCAGGACGAAGUGUCGUGCGGACCCUUGACAGAAAGAAUUCUCUGCUCUCUGAUUUCGGAAGACGUGGUUGAUUCGAAGGAGCUGAAACAGGAUGACGAUCCACCGCCAUCGCCUUCCCCAGCCCAAACCGGCGUUCAAUCGACAGCGAGAAACUAUGCAGAGCUGGAAGAGCGCAUCAAGCGCGAGUUACGAUAUAUUGGUCUGCUCGGCAACGAAGAGAUCGAUUGGGAUGCGCGAGAGGAUGAUGAGAUCAGCAUCACGCUCAGGUCGCUUCAGAAAGAGUUGCGGGAUGUGAUGAAGGUGAACAAGGCUAGGAAACAACGCCUGCUUGGCCUUGUGAACAACCAUCUCGCCUAUCAGGAGUACAAUACUAUUUUGGAUGACUUGGACAAGCAGGUCGAGCAAGGAUACCUCAAGCGAUUCCGCAUGACAAAGUCCAAGAAGAAAAAGACGACAACGCCAAAGUCCCUUUCGGAGAACGCACUCAGUGCGAUGGACAGACGAAGACGAUUUGUGCAAGGAGUCGGACCCAUCUUUCCUGCUGAAAACUAUACCAUCCCCACCAAAUCGAUCUACCAGGAUGAGCUGGAGCCUAAGGCGACGUCAAGCACACCUCAGACCUAUCGACAACUCAAUGGGCUUCCAUAGUGCGGACGCAUGUCCUCCUGCAUUCGCAGGGCUAUUUUCGCCGUUUUCAUUUGAUAUAGCCCCGCCCUCCGCUUUGCUUUCCUGAUCCUCACGUUUCUUUAGUAUUGUCUUGUCUUUUUUUUUUGUUUGCUCUUUUG